GGAAAGAUUUCAUGCUUAUUUUGUUUGGAUCUUCACUCUCAUACUUACGGAGGAAUACAGACAUCACGCACAAAUUUUCCACGGCUUUAAAAUAAUGGAUGAACAACCGUACAAUAACUUUAACCCAACGCGAUGUAACAUAUGCUUCACCCGAAACGUCCACAAUCGACUGACGGUGACUGGACAAAAGUUGCGCUUUUGUAAAGGAUGCCGCAUGAUUGGGUAUUGUGGUGAGCAGCACCAAAAGGAAGACUGGAAGUACCACAAGGACUUUUGCCGGUCUGUAAUGCGAAUUCUGACUACGAAACGAGUGGAGCAUAUCCUGGAUAUAAGAGACGAUUCCGGCAAUAUUGUUGGAAGUACUAAACGGAAUCUUGAAUGUGCCAUAUCGCUGGCGGAAAGUAUGAUAAUAUCCAUGUUGCGGCGAAAAUUACACCGCCAUGAACAUACAUUGCUACGGUUCCCUAACAUUUGUCGGGUUUGCUACGAGUAUGAUUCUUCCAAGCUGAAGGGAUGUGAGGCCUGCUUCCAGGUUCUGUACUGCAGCGAAGAGCAUCGAUUGCAAGAUGCUGAAAAUCAUGCUAAAUGGUGCGAGAUGUAUAGAGUCAAUUUGUUGCUAGAUGCAGACUUUCCAGAAUAUGAGGAUAUAUUGAACUUUCCAAAACUAACGGCAUUUGAGCUGAGCACAUUCCCCAAAAACUCCUUUGAUCUUGUGAACACAGCGUACAAAACUAGAAUAUCGUCUACACCGAAAACUGCUGAAGAUUUUAAAGACCUAAAGUAUGUUUCAAACUAUUCGCACGUCGGUUCCAUUCUCUACGCACUGUAUACUACCAACAUGCAUUUAGAGCUACAACAAUCGCUGGUUAUUUACGUAGUCGGCGCCGAGGAUGAAUUGCUUUUCUUCGAUUAUAAUAUUUGCGCGAUUAUUUUCACCUACUUGCCACAGGUUCGUGAUGUUAUUGUGCAUUUCAUCGGACCGCAGCUUUACAACUUCAAGGAAGAUGUUGAGCUAACCUUUAAAGGUGCUCGAACCGUUAAAAUGCGCUUUCACAUGGGUUUGUACCAUACGCUGGAUGCGAACGAGUUCCUGGGACGCCCCCAGUUGGUGAUUAGCUAUAAUUGUGGAUUCCACGAAUACGUCGAUUCCAAUCGAGAAUCCUGGGGUACAACUUUAGCUCGUUUGUUACGUUUCGUCAACAUACCCAUCGUUUUCACGUCGUACACUCGGGACGAAGCCUGUCAGGAUUGUGCAAUUGUACAAAGGGUUAAUAAGCGAGCGGCCAAAAAGCGGGACUUGGUGUUCGUGAAACGUGCAGCAGUCAAUCCGUUCAAAGAUUACAAACCACUCCGGAACACAAGCUACAUCGACGAACGUGACGAGCUGUACCAUUCCAACGGCUACAUUUCAUUAGUUAUCACUCGUGUUCCUUAAUAGCACAUUAGCACAAAGAGUUAUCAACCGAUCAUCAUACAAAAACAUUCCUUAUGUCGCCUUUUGGGAUUUUAGUACAAACACAAGAAUUUCGUUCAAAUUUUGAAUUAUUUGCUUAGAAAUUAGAUUAUCAUUUCAAUUAUCAACAAUUUUCAGUGCCAAAUCAUUUGUUUUUGUUCAUUUUAUUGAUCAUUCUGCAGAAUGUAUUUAUGUUUUAAUAAACAUUUUUUUAUAUAUAAAGAUGUAGAUGUGUUAUCCCAAAUUUACCAGUUAUUUUUCGCCGGAUUCGAUGCGAUCACAAUCUCUGCGGAGUUGGUGUCCGGUCUCACCCAUCGCACUCGUCCAACCUUGGCGACUUUCACGAUUCGCCGUAGAGUUGCGGCAAUUCGUGGUACUCCUCCAUACUCCGGCCAUCGGCGUUCUAAAAAGCAAGAGCAGCAAUUGUUAUACGGGAUAACAUUAGAGUUUAACCCAUCACAGAAUUCAUCAACAGAGACAUCGUGGCCAUACAAUUGGAGGUUCCAGAAGAGAGAAACCGUUGUCAUCGUCGCUUCGGUUUAUUUUCCAGGAGUAGGCUGACCAAACGUACCGUUUUUAACGGAACAGUACAGUUUAUUCGACCCUUUUUUAUUUUAUUUUUUUUUUUAUCCAAAAUAUAUAUUUUUAUUAAGGCUCAUAUGGCGUCAACCUGACGGGGCCGGGAGUUCAAUAUUUCGACAAUGUUUGCCUUAUAACUAUGUUAGUAAUAUGUAACCGAUUACUCGCGGUUGGCUCGAGGUUAGUAUUACAAGUGUUUUCGUAAUUGUGAUGUUGCUGUCUUCAAUGAUCUGUACCUGUGCCCGACACGGGAUACUUCCUAUUGGGAUGCAGCUGACCAUUAAUCAACCCUUUUUUAUUGUCCCGUCUUGUUACGAACCCAGUUAGCAGGGCCGGUAAUAAAAGUUAUUUCAAACACAAAUAAGCGCAUAAUAAAUAUGCUGCGCGAUAGGCGCAUUUUCAAAACAGAUGUAAACAAUCAAUACCAGCGAAAAGGGACUGUUUCUCUUCCUUAGCUUAGAAGAUAACGCGUGAUUUAUUGCACCACAUGAAUGCUAUGCGAAGAGGCACAUAGCAAUUUCAAUAAAACCCAAGCGGGUUAUGUUUUGACUCAGCUUAGGCGAACGAUAAAUACGUUCGACAAAUUUAGGUUCUUUUCAACCAGAUGUUGAUAAGAAAGACGAAAAACAAAAAUAACAUCUUGCACUUGUUUGUUUAGGUUCUGAUGCGUCAGACUAGAACAUCUUUAUUGACGGCAAUUAGCCAAGUUCGUCCCUUAUCGCAUGAGGGCGAAGAAGAAAAAAGAGCGUGCAAUAUGAUAUGUUUGUUUAGGUUUCCGUGCGGAAGGCAAAUUGCUAGCCGCAUGGUCUCGCCCCUUAUCGCAUGAGAGCGAAGGGCCGAAGAAAGAAUAGGACGCUAAACGCAUGCGUUUAAGCGAUAAGCAGCAUUUAUGACGCAUGCAAAUGUUUUUGUUUGAGACCCUACGCGGUGGCGUAGUGGAGGAAUAGAAACAGAAAUUCCCACGCUGGUAGAUAAGAUUAGAAUAAGAUUUAUCAGGCAGCCGAAUUUUAUGGAACCCUCUAAGUGAGGGCGAAGGACCGCAAAACAAGCGGAUAGAAAUAGGAGAUAGACAAACCACGGCUCGGUUGUCUGUGCAGGGGAGGGAGAUCUUUUUUCUCCCUCACAAUUUUAGGCUGGGUAGGAAUCUCGGGUAUAUAAUCUUAAGAUUCUUGCCCAGAAAAUCAGUUCAAUUUCAAAUUUUAAAGUUCAAGUUCAAUUUCCAAAUUCAAAUAAGUUCAAUUUCAAAUUUUAAAGUUCAAUUUCCAAAUUCAAAUAAGUUCAAUUUCCAAAUUCAAAUAAGUUCAAUUUCCAAAUUCAAAUAAGUUCAAUUUCUAAGUUCCACAACAAGGUUCAUUUCUAAAGUUAAAUCUUUAAUUUCAUGUACAAUUAACUAAGUCCAAGUAAAUUAAUUAACAUCGGACCUUACUAUUUAAAUCAAAAAUCCGAAAUCACCCACCAGCGUUGGCAACCAAGCGCCACGCACCAGGCCAGAGCUCCUAACAAGGAAGGAGCUCGAGUAAAAGGUAUAACAAACAUACCCAAAAAUUUCCCAUCCGAAAGUAGUUACGAGUUUCACUCGGACGGACCAAUCUGGAGCCGUCUGAUUCUGAAACGUAUUCGUGAUUACGGGAAUUUUGGAAGGGGCUUAGCCCGUAAGAGAUCGUAACCAGUCCAGGGAAAUAGGUUCCCUGGCUUAGAUACCUUUAACUGAACCCGUGAUUCUUAGGCCUCAAUUGCCGACAUCUAGGGAAAUAAGUUCCCUAGAUUAAUCACGAAGCGCUCGAGAGAGGACGAGCGAAAAGCCUUGCCUUCAUAGCAAGCAUCUAGGGAAUUUCGAGUUCCCUAGAUUAUACGUCUUUUCAUCAACUCGUACUGCAUUUUGAGUCGUCGAACAACAAAUUGUCCCGUUUAUUCCUGAGUUGUGUGCUUGGAGAAGUGUUCCUCAUCAGUAAAGUGUGGUGAUAUUUUGUUACACUCUUCCAGCUCCCAAAAUUUCCGAAGCUAUUCUGUAGCAGUGGUAGAGUUAUCGGUGCUGAGGCGAAUUGUGCCUGGUUCGAGUAAUUCGAAAAAUAACUUAUUGCCCGAUAGCAAACUGAUUUUGUUCGGGUAAUGAAACUGUGGAUCAGUCAAGUGUAUCAGUGCAUCAGGAAUGGGCCACUGACUGAUGUCUAUGGGUUUUAGUGGCACUUCGGAUGUUAAACGACCCAAAACUACACAAUGUGCAACAUUUUUAUAGUUUGAACAACGCGAUGAAAAUGUUACUAGUGCACCUAGCCAGCAAUGCCACUGAAUUCGAAGUUAACUCUAGUCGUUGGCAGAUUAAGCUUUCUGCAUAGAUCACUCGUGAUAUAGAUUGUGUGAGAGGCACAAUCGAGAACUGCUCUAUAAGCAUAUGGUCUACCGUAUCCAUCAUACAUGUUCACCGUAGCGGUUAGCAGAGAUUCAUUUGUAUCGAUAAUUUCGGGUAUUGCGAUAGUGUACGAUUCACUUGAUCUGGAGCUAUGGGUGGGUUUAGACUAGUGAUAUAUUCAUGUGAAGAAAUAUGAUGAGAUUUAUAGAAAUCGCAUCAACCGUUUACACUAGCGUGAACUUCUAUAAUGAAUAUAUUCAUAUUUUCGGUGAAUUUAUUCACCUGAAGUAGAACUGCAUCCAACUUUAGUGAUUUCUCACCAGUGAGAAAUUCACAAGCGUUUACAUAUGCUGAAUUUAUUCAAGUUAUAUAUACCUCGAAUAAGUGUAUCAUAUUUAUUCUCACCCGUUUACACCUAUUUUCGCGUGAAAAAAUCCAUCUAUAGCUAUAGAUCUCCCUAAUGUAAACCCGCCAUAAGAUAAGAUCAAACAAUAGGGGGUCUUUUGCGGACCAAAUUUCUGUCAGUCGUUCUGAUUUCUGAUUGGCUGAUUUCGAGAAAUUUUGUAAACAAAGCCGAUUUUUUCAGUGUUGCCAAUAAGCGUUGGAUUUGU